AUGGAAGAACUGCUCUUCAAUAUUGCAGCAAGUUAUAAUAGUAAAGAAACAACAGAACUUCUUCUUUCACAUAAUGCAAAUAUCAUUGAAAAAGAUAUAGAUGAACAAACCUCUCUUCACUAUGCAGCAUGUAAAAAUAAUAAAGAAAUCAUUGAGAUUCUUAUUUCACAUGGUGCGAAUAUCAAUGAAAAAUAUGGAGAAACAUAUCUUUUUUCUUACAGAUGA